CUGGGAGUCGCUAAAUCUAUACGUGCAGUUUACAUAAAUCCACCAAUCCAGAUGACGACUGUCACUGUACACCACAAAUCACCGUAGAGCUGAGAAUAUUGUGUUAUUAUCACCCAAUGAGGCACGAAGAGGAGCAUCUGUCCCUAGUCCAAUAAUGAUCUGAGAGGAGAUGAUAGCAGAACCAACUCUACUGUCCAGAUCGGUGCAAAAAGAGAACUCCAUAGUCGACAUCUCUUCAUGUGCAUCUGUGCAUCACCUCUCAAGUGAGAUAAAUGAGAACAGACAGAAGACUGUGAGAGGAAAGAGGAAAGCCAGGGAAUGCUCUGAGAAUGCCAAAUGUAAGCGUUCAAAGAGCAGUAGUGGCAGUCUUGGAAGAGCAGAGGAGGAACAGCUAAAAAAUGGAGAUGUGGAGGCCGUUACCCUGUUUGAGGUGGUCAGCAUGGGCAGGAAUGCAAUGCAGGCCGUGGUGGAUGACUGGAUUGAUGCAUAUGCUGUAGACAGAGACGCAGCACUGUUGGAUCUCAUCAGCUUCUUUAUUCAGUGUUCAGGAUGCAAAGGGAUGGUUACUGCUGAGAUGUUUCAGAGCAAACAGGGUACUGAUGUCAUGAGUAAAAUGGUGGAGGAUCUGGAUGAGGACACAGGUUUACAAUACAAGAAGUUCCUUGCGUUUCCAUGGAUUUUAACUGUCACGUGGCCUCUAGAUAUGGACAGUGGAGAGUAUCCACUAAUAAUGUCCGGUCUGUACUGGAAGAGGUUUCGUACACAUUUCUGUGAGUUUGUAUCGGUGCUAGUGACCCAGUGUCAGAACUGUGUCAUCUUUGACGGCUACCUCUUGAACACCCUCAUUUCACUGCUGACCGAGCUCUCAGAUUCCAGAGUUCGUGCUUUCCGACACACCUGUACACUGGCAGCAGUGAAGCUUCUCAGUGCUCUGAUAAAUGUGGCUCUCAACCUCAGUGUCAGCAUCGAUAAUAGUCAGCGGCUGUAUGAAGUUGAGCUGCCAAAGAACCCCAGCAAACGGGCAUCUCCUAGGCUGGAAAGGAUCCAGAGAAAGAUCAGUGAGUUACAAGACAGGAAAUUUGAAAUCGAGAACAUGGUGGAUGCCAUUUUCAAAGGAGUCUUCCUGAAGAGAUACAGAGAUGUGAUUCCUGAAAUCAGGGCCAUCUGUAUGGAGGAACUGACGGUGUGGAUGAAGAUUUAUAGUUCAGUGUUUCUGAACGACAGCUAUCUGAAGUACAUUGGAUGGAUGAUGCAUGACAAGCAACCUGAUGUGCGUCUGAAAUGUGUGCUGGGUCUACAGGGACUUUAUCAGGAUCAAAUAAGUCCCAAAAUGGACCUUUUCACAAUUCGGUUUAAGGAGCGGAUGAUCUCCAUGACACUGGAUAAAGACCAUGAAGUGGCAAUACAGGCCGUGAGAUUGCUCAUGGUCAUCUCUCAAUCCUGUGAGGAUUUUCUAAGUCAUGAUGACUAUAAGCAGGUGUUCCAGUUUGUGUACUGCUCCCACAGACCUCUUGCUAGCACAGCGGGUGAAUUCCUCUACAAUAGGCUGCUCAGUAACCCAGAAUUAUCCCAGAGGCCCAGAGACGCUGCUUCUGAACAGGACAGGCACAGAGAGCUAAUGUUAGCCAGAGUCCGAGCCCUUAUCUGUUUCCACACAGAGAGUGAGCUGCACAAACAUGUGCUGUACCUCGUGGACAGUCUGUGGGACAGUGCAGCAGCUCUGCUGAAAGACUGGAACGGUCUUACGUCACUGCUCUUACCUCAGACUUCCAGUCAGGAACAAGCUCUGAGCAGUGCUGAGGAGACCUUUGUGAUUGAGCUCUUGUUGGCGGCAGUGAGACAGGCUGCAGAGGGGCCUCCGUUACCAGGGAGGGGAACAGGUAAAAAGGUGAUAAGUGCUAAAGAGAAAAAGCUACAAAAUGAUGACUGCACAAAACUCACUGAACAUUUCAUUAAAGUGCUAUCUGAGAUUUUAUCGAAGUACUCAGAGGAAGCUGAAAAACUAACUUCCAUUCUAAGAAUACCUCAGUAUUUCCAAACGGACACCUGGGAUCAUGAACACUCACAGUCCAUGCAGGCCUUGCUAGUUGAGCUGGACUCUGCAGUGCGUAGACACACAGACACAGGGCUGUUGGAGACAGCUGCUCGUUCUUACCAGAGCCUCUGUGCUCAGGAUUCACCCUGGCACUCCUUGGCUCGCCCCAACUUUGACCGUCUCAUCCAGUGCUGGACACAAACACUGGGGACACGAUUAGGAGAAUCACUGACUGAUGAUUGUUUCAAUGGAAAUGGGGACAACACUGUGGAAAUUCUGUCCACACUGAAGAAACUUACUGUGUUCAACAAUGCUCAGGAUCUGUCUAAAUGGAGCCUCUAUGAGCUAGUGACCAAACUUGUGGAGGUGGAGAUAAAACAUGGUGGUCUGCCCAUGGAGUUAACAAUUGAGGCUCUGCGCUGUAUGUGUAGCUGUAUCCUGUGGAAGCUCAACACGUUUGGAGAAGCUGUGGCCUCCAGGGAGUCAGCCCUCCAGCAGAGAAACCAGCUACGUGCCUUCUGUGAGAAAUGCCACCGCUGUCUCUCACACGUCGAGCAGCUCGUAAGAGAGCAAGCCUUCAUGUGUCUGAGUGAUGUUCUCAUAGCUCAUAAUUACCAGCUUCAGACAUGGGAUGCUUCUGCAGGCACUCCACUGCUGUACACCCCUGAUCCCAAACUCCAGAAAGCUUUACUCUCCUUUGUCUUGGAGCAUGUCUUCACCAGCCCUGAGCAGGACACCCACAGCAGUAAAGUCGGUGAGAGUGAGUGUGGAGAGGGUCGGCUGGAAGACUUGCACAGGCGGAGAAAUCUUCUGGCCGCUUACUGCAAGCUGAUAGUACACGGUGUGUUAGAGAUGAGCACGGCUGCUGAGGUUUUUAAGCAGUAUGUGAAGUACUACAAUGACUUCGGCGACAUCAUCAAAGAGACCCUGAACAGGACACGGCAGAUGGACAAGAUCGAAAGUGCUCGCACACUGAUGCUGUGCCUUCAGCAGCUGUACCUGAGGCUAAAGCAGGAGCAGGACAGAGGGAACACAUGCAGCUCCAGGAUUCAGACCUACAGCAGCAUCAAAGAGCUGGCCAGACGCUUCUCCCUCACGUUUGGCUGGGACCAGAUCAAAUCCCGCGAGUCCCUAGCCAUGAUCCACAGGGAUGGCAUUGAGUUUGUUUUCAAAGGAUUCAUUCAGCAGUCUGAGAAACAAUCCCCACCGUACAUCUCAUACCUCACCAUCCUCAGCGAAUUUUCCAGCAAGCUGCUCAAACCUGACAAAAAGACAGUCUACAGUUAUUUGCAGAAGUUUGCUGGUGAGCAGGUAAUCAACAAUAGAGAGGAGAGCUGGAUGCCACUUAUUUACUACAAAGCAUCUCUGAUGGGCACGGCUGAGGGAGAAGAUGCCAUCUCCUUUAUCAGCUCUGACACCAACAAACAGCCCUCCCUCACGAAUCACUCCAGAUCACCCUCUAUGAAUCAAGUAAACGCUGAAGAUCAAAGAUUUCUUUCACCCUCUAUAGAACCAAAGGGAAACAUGCUUCUAAAAAGUCCUGAUGAAUCAAAGGUCCAACUUGCCCUAUUGACCAGAGACCAGAUGACCAGCAGUCUCAUAUCUGAUAAAGGUCCAAGGAACAGAGAUGAGGUGGAUGUUGACAUAGAGGUCUAGUAAUGUAGACCAUGCUUGUCAAGGGACUGUUGUGUUUUAUUUUUUAUAUUUAGUCUCAUUAAAUUUUUUUCCAUUUUGAACCGUAAUCAUGAUCAAAUCCAGACCUAGUAUGCUGGUGCUGAAAAGAAUUACACUUUGCGUUGCUUUUAUCAAUAAUUUUUUUAAGACUUAUAGACCAUUUAUUUGCAUUGUAUGGACCAAAAGAGCUAAAAGUAAGCUCAAGGCAGAUAAAGCAUUGUGUACUUUAUUGGCUGAAUAUCAAGAUGCAUUGCCUAUCCACAGUUCUGGGUUAAACUCAAAUGAAUGAUUGCUUUUAAAAAGAUUAUGGUGAAACUGUAACAAACCAGGCCAUCCUGGGGGCUUGAAAAGAUGCACUUUCAAAUAUGAUAUGUAAAA